CUGAACCUGCAGAGGAAGAAACACACGCAUCACGCGUAGUUUACAUCGGUUUGACUCAAUCAUCUUCGUGCGCACCACGAGCGAGUCCCACUCGUUACUGAGUUUAUGAAUGAAAAACUUCCGAAACCGUAAAGAAGUGGAAGUUUUCCGGUUUCCUAAACGUGUUUGGACUUUUUGUUUGGUUCAUCUGAUUUAAACGUAACUCUUAUAUUUUUACUCACUGCUUUUUACGAAAACAGCCGAGAUAUUUGGAUUUGUGGUUCGUUUCACCGUGGGAAAAUGUGUUUACAUUAAUUCGCAUUCCGCGUGCAUGGAUGUUUUCUUCCCGGCUUGAUUUGUAGGAAUGUUUUACAAACCUAAAUAAGUCCCACAAGAAAAGUACACAUCAACACAACUCGGUGCUCAGUACAACAACAUCCAGAUAAUCUCAAAGGUAGCUCUAUGCUGCUGGUGUUGAUGGCCCAGUGCUGUCCAUAGCUGUGUGAAUGAGCCGUCUCAGCCGACCCUCCUCACCCAGUUGCAGUGGCAUGGCUUCUCUCAGGAUGUUGAUGUCAUGGCAUUUACUUCUCCUGUGGGUUAUUCUUGCUCAGAUCACCUCAGCCAGUUCACGUCCCCCUGUGACUGACCAAGGUCACGCCGUAGCAUCUUCCGAGGACGAAGAUGACGAUGAGUCAUCAUCUGAAGAAAACAAGCCUUCAAGCAGCCUGGAGCUCUUACCAAUGGCACCCCACUGGGCCCAACCUGAAAAGAUGGAAAAAAAGCUUCAUGCUGUACCAGCCAGCAAAACAGUGAAAUUUCGAUGUCAGGCUGAGGGAAAUCCAACCCCUAAACUUCGCUGGCUCAAGAACGGUAAAGAGUUCAAAAGGGACCAGCGCAUCGGGGGCUACAAGCUGCGUGAACACAUGUGGACUAUAAUCAUGGAGUCAGUGGUGCCCUCAGACAAGGGCAACUAUACCUGUCUGGUGGUGAAUAACUACGGAAGCAUCAAUCACACCUAUCAGCUGGAUGUAGUAGAACGGUCUCCACACAGACCCAUCCUAUAUGCUGGUCUUCCUGCAAACCGUACGGCUGUCGUCGGCAGUGACGUAGAGUUUGUAUGUAAGGUUUUCAGCGACCCUCAGCCUCACAUCCAAUGGCUCAAACACAUGGUGGUGAACGGAAGCCAACUCGGACCUGAUGGUCUACCUUACGUACGCAUCCUAAAGACCGCUGGCCUCAACACCACCGACAAGGAGAUGGAGGUGUUCCAGUUGAGGAAUGUGUCCUUUGAGGAUGCUGGGGAGUACACUUGCUUGGCGGGCAAUUCUAUUGGGGUCUCCCAUCAGUCAGCAUGGUUGACCGUUGUCAAAGCACCCACGGCUCCCUCUGCAGUGCCCAGUCAGUCCUACCUGGAGGUGUUGAUCUACUGUGUUGGAUUCUUCCUCAUCUUCCUCAUGGUGGGAAUUGUCACCAUUGUCAAAGUCCGCAGCUCCUCAAAGAAGAGCGACUUUAACAGCCAGCUGGCCGUUCAUAAGCUGGCUAAAAGCAUUCCUCUCCGCAGACAGGUGUCAGUGGAAUCCAGUUCUUCCCUGAAUUCUGGUGUGAUGUUGGUAAGACCUUCACGGCUCUCCUCCAGUGGGACCCCAAUGCUGUCAGGAGUCUCAGAGUACGAGCUGCCCCACGACCCAAGCUGGGAGGUGCCCAGAGAGAGAUUAGUUCUUGGGAAACCUCUGGGAGAGGGCUGCUUUGGGCAGGUGGUGAUGGGCGAAGCCAUUGGCUUGGACAGAGACAAGCCCAACCGUGUGACGAAAGUAGCCGUUAAGAUGCUGAAAUCUGAUGCCACCGAGAAGGACCUGUCUGACCUAAUCUCAGAGAUGGAGAUGAUGAAGAUGAUUGGAAAACACAAGAACAUCAUCAACCUGCUUGGAGCUUGUACUCAAGAUGGCUCUCUUUACGUCAUUGUGGAAUAUGCAUCUAAAGGAAACCUGCGGGAAUAUCUGCGUGUCCGUCGGCCCCAUGGCAUGGAGUACUGUUACAAUCCAGACCAGGUGUCUGUGGAGAGCAUGUCAAUUAAAGACUUGGUCUCCUGUGCCUACCAGGUGGCUCGUGGCAUGGAGUACUUGGCAUCCAGAAAGUGUAUCCACAGAGACUUGGCAGCACGCAAUGUACUUGUAACAGAGGACAAUGUAAUGAAGAUAGCAGACUUUGGUCUGGCUCGGGACGUUCAUCACAUAGAUUACUACAAGAAGACCACAAAUGGUCGACUGCCUGUGAAAUGGAUGGCACCUGAAGCUUUGUUCGACAGGAUUUACACUCAUCAAAGUGAUGUGUGGUCUUUUGGGGUUCUUCUGUGGGAGAUCUUCACCCUCGGGGGCUCACCUUAUCCUGGAGUGCCCGUGGAAGAGCUCUUCAAGCUACUGCGAGAAGGUCACCGCAUGGACAGACCCUCAGCCUGCACUCAAGAGCUAUACGUGAUAAUGAAAGACUGCUGGCAUGCGGUUCCCACGCAUAGGCCUACUUUUAAAAAGCUGGUAGAGGACCUUGAUCACACCCUGUCUAUUAUGUCCAAUCAGGAGUAUCUGGACCUCUAUGUGCCCCUGGACCCUAUUUACUCUCAGGUCAUCCUGAAUGAACGUAACUCCACCUGCUCUUCCGAACAGGACUCGGUCUUCAUACGAGAGUCUGAACCCGAAGAUCCCUGCAUUCCCCCGUCAGUUCCCCCUCAACACACCGUCCGUUCCUACAAAAAACGCUGAAGGCAAAGAGCACAUGGACCUCAGUCACCGAGUAUAUCUGUCUUCCUUUCUGCUUCCAUUUACUCAUAAACUCUACACUGAGACUGAGAAGAUUAGCCUAGGUAGUUAUAGUACAGAUACGCAAACAGGAAGCGGUGUUUCACACAUGUAGACUCUCGAAAUCAAGACUGAUUAGAACUGCACAGGAGUCUUGGGAUGGUCUCCAAGGGACAGGUGGUGUUUUGACGAACUUUUGUCUCUGUUUGUCCCCGAUAUUCUUCAGAGACCUUGAUGUUCACAUACAAGAUGUUCCAAAAGCAUCAUCAAAGGAUUUUGUUCAGCAAUGAACAAAUGUAGAAAUAAUUGCAAGUGUUACUAAUUAAAGUAUGCUGCCUUUGUAAUGGUGGAUAAAUUGUACAAUUAUGAAUUUAUAUUAACACUUUUGUUUUAUAUUACUAUUGUAAUUAUUAUUAUUUUUGUAUAAGCUUGUUCAUUCCCUACUCUGUUUAAAGGUGAAGUGUGCAAUUUCUGCACCACUGGCAUCAUCAGAGUUGUGAAAAUAAUGUUUUCAAACAGGUUUCCCGAUUACUCCGCCUGUCUGUCAUAUGGUGGAUAAACCAGAGUCCCAAACUGGUUGAGCCAAUGUUGCUCUGUCAGGUUGGUCGGGAUGCUCAAACUAACAGAGCAAUGUUUGGAAAGUGCCACAGAGCCGCAGUUUACACUUGGAGAAUCAACCUACGAAUGUUUUAUGUCUUAUAUUCGAUAAAAAAAAAUUAUGCGUAUCACCUUUAAGAAACAUAAUCUGUUACACAGAUUUAUGGGAUAGUUGCUAAGUGUUCAGAUAAGCUACAAAUGAAAUCUGUUACUCAUCGCUUGCUGUUACAGUUGUAAGGUACAAAUACAAUUUGUCUGGUGUUGUCCUGUAACACAAUAUUCCAGUAGUGUGAAUGAAUGUUUAUUAAUUGUUUAUGUUGCCUGGGGAUUAUGAAAUUGCUGGAAUACAGAUACCUGUUUAGUGCCAGCUGGAGAUUUGACAAUCUCUUGUUCCAGUUGUAGUCAGUAUCAUACCGUUUACGCCAGUUUCAAAACACAGUAUGUCUGUAGCAUCUCUGUUUAUCAUGUCCUGCUAGAUUUUCAAACCACAGGGUUUAUAUGACGAGGAAUUUGUAACUAAAUAAUUAUUAUUAUGAACUUGUUAUGAGAGAGGAUGUACAUUUACUUCUCUGGUAGAAUUUUUCAAUGCUUGAGGGAUUGUUAUGUGAAUUUUGAGGCAGUGGCCAUGCACUUAUAUUCCGGCUAUCAAUGAGCUGACUGAUAUUGCCA